AUGAGGAAGCCGGGUUGGCCGAGUAACGAGCCCCAUAUUGAGCAGUCGGGUUUCGCGAUUUGCGUGAAUUUUGGAUUUUCGAUUUCGCAACCGUUUAAUAAAUCCGACUCAUACAAAUGGAAAGUGGAACUGAAGCCGCAGAAUCCGGCGAUCGAGAAGCAAAAGACCAAGGUAAUUUCCUAUUUAGAAGCUGGCUUCAAUCAGCGGAAAGAUCUUUGCUUCAGAAUCCCGCCAUUUCACUACCAGUCCCAUGAGGUCCACUUAAGAGUCCGCUUCAACCGCAAAAAUGCACCCUGGUCGGACGAUGAAAAAAAACUAUCAUUCACUACCAAGGCCUCCGUGCCCGAUAAGCCACCGGAGUUCCUGGACAAUGGUUUCUUCUUCGACCCACAAAAAAAUGAGAUGCAUGUUUUUUGGUUAGAACUGAAGGAACUGGAGUUUAACGGACCCAACUUUACGUACUCAGUGGCUACAGAUACGGGAAAGAAGCCGCUGCUCAAGGGCAAAAGCUCUGCGGUCUUUUGCGAUUGGGAUCUACAGCAACCGUCCACGAUAUUAGUUUGGAGUCAGAACUCCUUGGGUCGAUCGUUGGAGAGCAAUAAUCGCUCGGUUCCAAUUCUGACCAACUAUAAGCGGCGACAGCCGCGGAACUUGCAGUUCCACUUAGUGGACAACACCCUCUCUUGGGAUCCACCCCUGGAGGAAAAGAACGUUACUGGCUACUACUUCAGUCUAUGUCUUGAAGUCGACAUGGGAUGGCGGUCGUAUGUACUAGUGAUGGUGAUGGGUGGAUGGGAUCCGCGCAUGGAUUCUAUGCUGCGAGCUGGAAUAGGCGAUAAGCAGCCCUAG